AUGGCCAAGUUGGUAAGGCACCUCACUAGUAAUGAGGAGAUCGUCAGUUCGAAUCUGGCUGAAGGCAAUUUUUUUUUGUUUUUGGUUCAUCAAUUCAAUGAUACAAAGUCUUUUACAAUAACAGUAAAAAUUCUUUAUGAUUACCUACAGAUCAUACAUCACCUCAAAGGCAUAGAUAAUAUGAGUUUUCUUGUUCAUUCCAUCAUUUAUUUUUAUUCUCUGUUCUAUUUAAGUAAAUCAAGCCUUGUCAGAUUUUUUCAAAGCUAA